CUUGCAAUAAAUUCAGUUCGUGGUUUGUAUCCAUUACCCCUCUUCUCACACUCACACAAACCAUACACGCACACGGACUAUCGAUACCAUUCGCUCUUUCGUUCGCUCUGUCUCUCAACCGAACAAGCAACAGCUACAACGACACAAACACGAUUUUAUACACACUCGCAAUUAAAAUAUAUACGCCGCUACACUGUAUGCCCUGCGAUGAAUUCGUUGCCUCAGCGAUCGCAUUUCAGAAGAAGCAGCCUCUAGCAGUCGAGCAGACAGUUUUAUAUGUGUCGGUAAAGUGAGUAGUUGUGUUUCAGUUUUUCUACAAAGCGAAUUUUUUUCGAAUCUCUCGUUGCGUCUAUUUUGUAAAAGCGUGCAUUUGUUUCUUAAAAAUCAAUCAAUUUUUUAAUCGAAAGUCUCGCAAGCGAUUUUUUUCGUUGUCAAAAGCAAAACACACAAAAAAUCAGUUCGAAAGAAGAAUUCACUUUUUUUGUCAAUCAAAAAAAGAUAGAGAGAGAGCAUACGAUACACAAGGCGUUUUCCAGACGAAGGAUUUGAAUUCGAUUCAGAAAACGAGACAAACCAAGCGAUUUGAUUUGUAUUUGAAAAUACAAAAGAAAAACUGUUGAACGAAAAGAAAUUUCCGAACGGAAUAUUUCCGAAAAUUGGUGAAUUGUGCAAACUGUUCUUGAGAAGCAAAAUUUCCACGGUUACGUGCAAAUUCGGUUAUCACAAAAUAGGAUAAUUCCUUGCGGUCUCAAAGUCGAAUAAAGCGAGAAGGAUUCAUUUGCUGCAUUUUGCGGGAGAAAAUAGUUUUUUGCUGACGAAAUCCAGACUAGAGUCGAUUUCUUAUAUCGUUAACAUAAAACGAUCAAUUUGAGUAGAAAAGCACAAGCGUAAAGCGAGCAAAAUUAAAAAUGGGCAAAGCACAAAGCAAACGUUCUGUCGAUAUUACAACAGAAAACAAAGAAGGUGUAGCCAUUGCCGAUGGCGAAGCUGGCAAAGUCGGUAAAAUCGAGGAGGUUGAUCAAAAACCACAAUUGAAUGGUGAAGCCAACAAGGAUGCUGACUCAGGUACUGCCGAAAAACAGGAAGAAAAGAAAGAUGAAGGUGCUGAAAAUGAAAAGGAUGCGGCUACCGAAAAGACCGAACAGCCAGCCGCUGAAGCAGAAUCGAAGGCUGACGAUGCCACUGCUGCUGUAGCAGCAGUAGAAACAAAGGAAGAAGAGAAACCAGCUGAAAAUGGAGAAGGAACGGAAAAUGCGGCCGAUACAACAACUGGCACACUUGAUGAAAGCAAAGACGGUGUUGAAAAUGCCGGCGACGAUGCUACGUCAACACCAGUGACUGACAGCGCCAAAAAGACGAAGAAGGAAAAGUCGAAAAAACGCUUCUUGUCAUUCCGCUCAUUCUCUUUCAGCAAGAAAGACAAAACAAAGCCGAAGAAGGAAGAAGCCGCUGCUGCCACAACCAACGGUGAAUGCGAAAAGGUCCCCGAAGAGGGAACUGAAGAAGCCACGGCCGCUGCUACCGCCGUCGAACCAUCUGGCGAUGAAGAAAAGGCCGUCGCUGCUGAACCAGUUACAAAUGGAACAACCGAAGAAGUUAAAACCAAUGGCGAACCAGCUGCUCCAGUUGCAACGCCUGAAGAAUCAGUGACGCCACCAUCGAAUGGUGACAGCAAACCAAUCGUUGAGGCAGCAAAGGAGACGGUGAAUGAAGUGAUUGUGGCCGCUUCAAAAUCGGUUGACGAAAAGCUCAACGCCGUAGCCAAGCCAGAGGUAAACAAGAAUGCUGACCAAGACCAUUUACAAGAACAAACACAUACACAAGCUCUUGAAACAAACGCCGAUAAUAAUGAAUCACACGAACAGUCACUGUCUAGCGAAAGCGCAAAUAUUGACACAAUUCCGAAUCAAAAAAAUAUUGUUGAGACCAUCGAUGAACCCAAGUCCGUUGUCGUUGGUGAUGAUGAUGAUGUGGUGGUUGAUUGCACAAAUAAUAGUUCGAAUAAUGAUACAGAUAACAUUAAUUCACAAUCCUCUGCACCUCCCCUACCCGAUUCUCCACCACCAUCACAGAUCACUGUAUUUGCCGAAUCGGCAAUGUCUGUUGAUUCAAACCAAGUGGAAAUUCCACAAACAAUCCCUGUCAUUGAAACUGAAACAAAAGUCCAAUCCGUAUCGGCGUUGAUCGGUGACGCAAAAAUCGAACUAGCACUUCCUGAAUCGGCUGCUGCCGAUGUCAACGCCGCCGCCGCCGUCGUCGUUGUCGUUGACGAUGUUGUCGUUGUCGACGAAUCCCAUGUCAAUGAAACGGUUACAGUUGAGGCUAAAGACGAACAGCUGGCUACGUCAAACGAAACAAACGAACCUCAAUCUGAAACUGAUACUCAAAUCCAAACUGACAACGAACCAAACGUCGAAUCUCAAAUCGAACCGGAAUUACCGAAACCGGACGAAGAAAUCGCUGAAACAAUUGCAAUUCUCGAUCGCGUCAAUCUCAAUGAGUCUGAUGUAAAACCAACGGUUGAAAGCGUUGCUACUGAAACAAUUAAUACCGAACCUCUAUCCGCCGACAUAUCAUCUCCACUCCCACAAAAUAGUUUGGAUACACUUCCAUCUCCGCAAUCAUUGUCAUCGAAUGUCACACCGCCGAAUGAAAUUGUCGACGAAAGUGCGGCCACUGUUGAGCUAUCGACUGAAGAUGCAUCAUCGUUACCGCCACCACCGCCAAUCGACGAUGACAUUGUUGCACUCGGUAAACAAACCGAGCAAAGUGGUUCUAAUGCCACCGCUGCUGCUGCUGCUGAUGAUGAUGUCACACAAACUGCAACACAAAAUGGUAACGAUGAUUUGCUGCCCCCGCCGCCAGCACAGGAACUUAUCGACACCGAAAUUAUCGAUGAACUCAAAACGAACGGCGUCACCCUAGCGGAACAGCAAAUUCAUAGUGUUGAGGCAUUGAACGGCGAUGGCAAUUUGAAUGGUUCAGCCAAAGAACACGACGAGGCCGCCAAUAAUGUUACUGAUAAGGCCACCAAUGGCGUUGCCACCGAUAACGGCGUUUCGGAAAAAUUGAACGGUGACCACAAACCAGAGGAAAUCGCCACCUCCCCAGAAAAACUAGAAAAAUUGGCAGCCGCCAAUCCACCACCAUCGACAGAAGUUGUAGCAGCCGAAUAAGUUGCAUCUUAGUGUUGCAAAAAGAAUUUGAUUUAAAUAUUAAAUAUAAACAAUUUAUUAUUAAUUAAGGAGAAAAUUAAGGAAAGGAAAUUGACUCAUCAAUUACAAAUAUGUUGAACAAAAAAAGAAGAAUGAAAAACGAAUAACAACUAACGGGAAAGCCAUAUUUACACACGACACAUAGGAAAAAGAACACAACAAACACAACACACACACAACAACGCAAUAUUGAAAAACCCCUCCGGAAUGGCUAAAAACAAAUUACAACUAAAAACAUAAUUAUGAAUCAGUUCUUCUUGCAAUAGGGGAUAGCUAACAAUUGUAUUGUCAAUCAAAACUAAAAAAAAUGUAAGCAACAUCAGAGAGUGGCAACAACAACAAGAAAAAAACGAUUUCGAUUUUACGCUGUAAAGAAAAAAACAACAACAAUGUCAAAGCAUAACAACAGCAACAGAAAUUUGAAAAGAAGAAAAAAAAAAUCACAAUAUUAUCUAAAUAUUACAUUUUUAUAUGUAUUUUGUAUUCGUAUCACGUACCGUUAAGCAUGCAUACAGAAUCUACAAGUAAUUACUACUAGAUGAACAACAACAACAAAAGACAAGCAACGACAAGCGUAGUGAAGCAUGAUAAAUUCUGUUUUUUUUAAACAAACACACAUUCAAUUUAGUAUUUCAACCUUUUAAAAUUGUAAAAUUGCAUUUUCAAAGCGCAGAAAUUUACAAAACAAAACAUCUCGCCUGCCCACUUGUUUCAAUGAAAUCUCCAGAGAGUGAAAAAACAACCCAAUUAUAUUCCAAGUUGAUGCAAGAAGAAAGAAAGAAAAUCGAUGGAAUUCUUCUUGUGUGCUUUGAAUUGAUCAGUCUAUUGUAGCUUUUAUUUUGUUUGUUUGUUCAAAAUCAUUAUUUAUCAAGCAUUGUGUAAAGUGAAACAGAAAGAGAAUGGUCACAAUUUAUUUUUACGUGUACUUUAUAAAAAGGUAGAAAGAAUGAAAAGAGAAAUAAAAAACGAAUCGAUUCGCAUCAAAUAUAUACUUAUGUAAAUGUGCACCACCCCAAAACAUUUCAAUAAAAUACAUACACACCUACAACAACAACAACAAAAACAAACACAAAAAAAAUCAUUAUCCUAACGAUAACAUUAGUUCUACUAUGUAUGCUUCUUUUUGUUACAUGAUACAACAGCAAAAAAUUGAAUGUAAACCUGCAAAUUAAGUAAAAAAAAAUACAUGAAUAUAUUUAAAGGAUACAAAAACACACAACAAAAUAUAAAUGGAAUAUUAUUAUUUUUGCUCGAAGCUCUCUUUCUUUCCAUUGGACAUUUACGUGCGAUUCAGAUCAGCAACAAUCGAUUUUGCAUACAUUUAUGGGACUAAUGGCAUUUUUAUCACGGUCACGAGAUCGCGAGUGACAAUUGUAUUUCCUUUGCGAUGGACAAAUCCGAUUGAAUCAUCCGAGAUGGAAUCAACUGUUUUUCCUAUGAAUCAUGAUCAAUGGUCAGAGCAUUCAUUUGGAUCCGAAUCCGAAUCGAUUCAGUUGGAAUAAAUUUGAUUGGAGUCAUUCCAAGCCAAUUUGUCGAGAAUUGCCACAGGAAAUCUACCCAGUUAGAUCUUAUGUGUGCAUAUUUGCUUCGUGUGUAUAAAGCCGAUAUGCUCAUUUGAAGUCAUACUUGGAUUGAUUAAAUGCCAUCUAACCGUUGUUCAAUGCCUUGAUUUCGCACAUAAAUCUAUGCACAAUCGAUUUUUUCCGUUCAAGAUGUCCGCGACAUCACGUCCCUUCAAAAAAUAUGGAAUGGAAUGGAAAUAAAAUCUCAUUCGGAAAAUGGAUCGCAAUGGGAAUAAUUAUUCGUUGAAAUGAUCUAUUGAAUUGUGUCAACAAUUCAAUCGAUUGUGUUCGAACAAUCCAUUCAUCUGUAUGGAAUAAUCCGAAUUGCAUUCGAGUCAUAUUCUGAGAUAUUAGCUAAUCAUCGAGUAAAGAUAAGAAUAAUUCGAAUAUUUAUCCAAUUCACAUUGUGGUUAUGAAAAUUCUAUUGAUAUUGUCAUUAUAAAAAAUCGAACAUAUUACAAAAAAAAACGUAUUGGCGUAAGCGCUUCACACACACAAAAAAAAACAACACAUAAUGCUAAAAAAAACAAAGAGAUUCGAGAUGGAUCGAGAAAGGAUGGCUGCAAACAUUGUGCAAUCGCUAUAAUUCUUGAGCAAUUCGAUGCGAAUUGCCUUCAAUUCUUAAAGUGAUCUCAAUUUUUCCAAAGCCAUCUCAUCGCGAGCACAUUUUCGGUUUUUUUUUAAGAAUGAAAUUUUUACUACUUAAUGGAAAAUUGUUUGCGGUGGAAAUAUACGCAAUCAGUUUGAUUUACGGUUCAUGCGUAUUUAGGUUUAAAACAAAUCGAAAACAAAUUUAUAGGGAAAACUACAAAGUAAGUUCCAUCAGUUUGAUCAACGAAUUCGAUAGAGAGUUAACGGCGGCGACAAAGAACGAAGAGAAGAAGAAAAAAAAAAUUAAGAAACAAAUCGGUGAAUUGUAUAUUAAAUCAACACGAUCGUUUAAUUUUCCACUUAGCAACAAUGAAUGAUUUAAUUAAGGCGAUUAUUAAAAAGAAGAAGAAAAAAACAGAAAAAAAUAAUAAUAAUUGUAGGGUAUGAGUAUAAAAUGAAAUGGAAAUCUCGGCAAAAAAAAACAACAUACACACGAAAAAUUGUACUCGAACGGGCUAAAAGUCUGUUUCGACACGAGAUUCUUCCCUUCUUUUUUUUGAAAACUAAAAAAAAAUACUAUAUAUUUUUAUGGUUUCCUCUUCUUUUUUAAUUUUGUGUAAAGUAUAGCUCAUUUCUACCCUAAUCUAAUGAUAAUUUGUUUUAUCCAAAAAAAAAAAAACAAAGAAAAAAAAACAAAACGAAAUCAAGAUAGAUGUAUGACAUAUAAAUAAAUAUGCAGGCACAAAACAAUCUUUUUUUUUCUCUCAUUUUUAUAGCUUGAAAUUUAUCAAAAUGAAAUAAGUAAAUGAAAAUGGAUAUAAAAUUUAUUGAAAUACAUAAUAAAGAUAAAGAAAACUACAA